AUGAACGACGGAAGGUCAAUAAGGACGACCGAUGGUAGGUCGACGAAAACAGAUGGCAGGUCAGCAACAGCCGACGGCAGGUCAACAACGACCGAAGGAAGUAAACGAACCAACAAUGACUCCUCCACCCUCCCGAUAACCGGGCGGUCCAUGUCAACGGCCAGCAGCUGGGCGACGACGAGCUCGCGCGACAACACCAGCACCGAAGGCCUCUUCUUCACCUCUCUCAACUCCCUCGCGCCGACCACCAUCGUCAUGCUGCACGUGCUCUUAUCAUCCCACCUCGAGUGGGCGCACUGCUGGCCCAAGCUGACCGAGUACCACCUGCUGCUGCCGGACCUGCCGCAGCACUCGCGCUCGAAGCACGCGGGGCCCUUCUCCUUCGUGGUGGCCGCCGACCUCGUCGCGGACAUGAUCCGGGCGCACGCGCACGACGGGCGCGCGCACGUCGUGGGGCUGUCGACGGGCGGCUUCAUCACGCUCGAGCUGAUCCGCCGGCACCCGGACGUCGUGCUCUCCGCCUUCGUCUCCGGCGCCACGCCCGUCAACGACUUCUGGAAGGUCGUCAACUCCAGCCCCAAGAUCACCUUCCUCGGCCUCAGCGCCAUGCUCUACAGCCCCAGGAGCCUGCUCCUCAAGGCCACCGGCUGGGCCCCCGAGUUCCAGAACAACGAGCUGCUCAAGGAGGUCAAGCAGAACAUCACCUCGCGCUUGUACACCGCGGGCUGUCGCGAGACGGCGAACUGGACGGCGGAGGAUAUGGCGGCGGUGGGGAAGAAGGAUAAGCGGAUCGCGCUGGUGGCGGGCGGGAAGCAGGAUAACGUCGAGGGCAUGCGGGAGAUGGGCCGGAUCAUGCAGGCGAUGGGGGUGAACGAGGGCAAGGAGACGAGGGUGUUCGUGGUGCGGGAGGCCAUCCACGCGUGGAAUCUGCAAAACCCGCUGCUCUUUGCGAAGGGGGUACGGGAGUGGAUCGAAAAGGGCCAGAUGCCGGCGAAUUUUGAGAUGCUCGAAUGA